AUCAUCUCAAAUGGCGGCAAUCGAAGACAAGAUACCGCCUUGUGCCUAUGCUUACAUUGCACCACCUCAUGGCUCUUUUGACAAGAUAGUCACCAUGCGUGUCGGCCAGGGCCAAGACAAGAAAGAGUUCCAAGUCCACCGGGGUCUACUCUGCCAUUUCUCUAUCUGGUUCGACUCCCAAAUCCGUUUAUCGUCAACCUCCGAGGUGGAACUCCCCGACGAGAAGCCCAUGGUGGUCGAAACGGCCAUCUAUUGGAUGUACACGAACCGUUUUUGGGCCCCAGGGACGAGUGAAGAUGGCGAAAUCCCACUCGAGCUGUGGCGGAUACUAGCGCUAUGCUUCUUCGCGAGUGAAUGUGGCAUAGGAAAGUUACAGAACGCGGCGUUGACGCUGCUGCAUCGUAAGAUUGUACAGGACUGGAAGGUAUCGCUUUCGUACAUCACUGCCUACCAGCGAUCAGAGCCAGGUGCGCCAGUCAGGAGGGUGCUGGUCGAUUUUAUCGCCCAGACUUGGGGGUCUAGCGCCAUUGAGUUGCGAUAUUAUAAGGAUCUGAUGUCGAGCGAGUUUACGGUUGACCUGCUGCUAGCUUUGGAAGACGCAAAGAAGGCGGUGGGUGUAGGCUUCAACAAGGCGAAGUGGAUCGAGGAUGCAAACCGGACCUUCUGCAAGAAGUAUCACGUACACGAUGAGGAGGUUUGAAUAGGAGGAAGAUCUAUGGAUAGGAUGGUUUUAUCGUGAAUGUUCCAUGAAGGGUUGCCCUCUCAGUCAAGUGCAAGAUUUGGAGACCAAGCUGCAAGAAAUUCUUACGACAACUUGAC